AUGCGCGCUCUGUGGCUCAGCUGGGUGACCACGGUCGCCGCCCUCCACCAUGGCGGCUGGACGCGCCUCGGUCGCGCGGACAGCGGCGCGUCCUUGGAUUUACGCUUCGCUCUCCGUCCAGCGCAACCGGAUGCUCUGGCGGCGCAACUGGCAGCUAUCUCGGACGUGCACUCGCCUGCGUUUGGCAAGUACAUGUCGUCGACAGACCUCCGAGACCUCGUGGCGCCAAGCGUUGCGGCCUUGACUGCUCUCGAUGCGCUCUUAGAUGGCUUCAAUGCGACAACGACCGGCCACGGCGACUACGUGCGCGUGACGCUGCCAGUCGCGGCGGCGGAAGACCUCUUCGCCACCGAGCUGCACGAGUACAAACGUGGUGACCGCCGCGUCGUUCGUCCGUUCGGCGCCUACGCCGUGCCAGCUUCGAUUCGGGACCACGUACUGCUCGUCGACGGCCUCGAGCACUUUCCGACGGCCUUUCGACGACAGUCGGCGACGCGAACCACCGCCAGCAUCGAUGGCGGCAUCUCGAUCAGCGCAAUCCAGCAGCAGUACGGACUCCCCACGGACCGCGCCGCCACGGAUGUGCGCAACCGACUCGUCGUCGGCGCCUUUCUAAAAGAGGCCUACCGCGCGUCGGACCUCCGCUCGUACUAUGCGCGGAACCACGUGGCUUCGAGCGCGCUGCCAAAGAGCGUGCAGUGCACUGGCAAUGGUGGCGACGACGCGCCGGCCACGGGCGAAGCGUCACUCGACGUUCAGCUCGUCAUGGGGCUGACGGCCAACGCCGAGACGUCGGUGUUCUGCUACAACUCUUACCGCGAUGCGACGCGGCCGUUUAGCGACGACAAUCAAGAGCCCUUUGUGACGUUCAUGCACGAUAUCAACGCCAUGGAGCCGGCGCCGUCCGUGGUGUCGAUCAGCUAUGCUGACGACGAGUGCGCGGUGCCACCGGCCUACAUUGCAGCACUGGAUGCCGAAUUCAUCAAAGCGGGCCUUCGAGGCACCACUGUCGUCGUGGCCAGCGGGGACAACGGUGUCGUUGGAAGCACACUCAUCUCGUUUUGCGGUCGGUCGACGUGUGCUCGCUUUGAGACAGGGUAUCCGGCGUCGUCGCCGUAUGUGCUUUCGGUCGGCGGCACGCAGCUGCUUGAAGAUGUUGAGGACGACGGCAAGCAUCGCCAAGAAGAAGUCGUGUCGACAGACACGAACGGCGCCAUCACGUCUGGAAGCGGCUUCAGCUGGUACGCCUCCCGACCUUCGUAUCAGGACAACGUUGUUCAAGCGUACAACUUGAAGGAAAAUCUCGAUGAAAGUACAGCAAUGUACAACGGCGACGGCCGCGUCUUCCCUGACGUCGUCGCCAUCGGACACAACGUCCCCAUCGUUGUUGACAAUAUGGUCGAAUGGACGGACGGCACGUCGGCGUCGGCGCCCAUCGUUGCAGCACUCCUCAAUCAAGUCAACAAAGACCGUCUUCUGCGCAACCUACCGCUACUGGGCUUUGUCAAUCCGUAUUUGUACAAGCUCUUCGACGUCUGCCCACAUAUUUUUCGAGACAUUUCUGUCGGCAACAACAAAUGCGGUGGCCAUGGCCAAGAUUGUUGCGACUCUGGCUUCUCGGCGGGGUCCGGGUGGGACCCGCUUACUGGACUUGGAGCAAUUCAAUACGACCGAUUCGUUGAGGACAUGAUUGCCUGUGAGGCUCGCAUGCACGAGAAGGCUCCACUAGUACUUGUCUCGAGUGGCGAGCGGGGAGACGUGACGUUGUAUGUGGCCGGAGGCGUCGUGCUGCUCGCAACAGGUCUUGCGCUCCUGACGAUGCGAGGCCGCCGGCCCGUUAUGGAGGAUAGCAUCCAUCUCGGAUACAAGCUCGUCGACUAACGCUAGCUUAUACAUCUGCAUUUCUGUCUGUCA